AUAUCAUAUGUCGAUUAUAAAUUGAAAGAGUCAGUCUAUCAAUACUUAUUAGUUAUUCUUAUUCCCCUUUUACUCUCUUUCGGUAUAUUAUAACGUUAUUUUUUUUUUAGAUUUAGUAGGAAGUCUAUAAAAACUGAAACAGAGUAAAUCAAACUAUCCAGUUACGAAACUAUACACAACUACAGUCAACCAAUAUCAACAUUAUAGAUAUACCUAAAUACGCUCAGCUAUAAAACGUGAAAAUGUUGAAUCUUAAAGUGAUGAUGUUUCUGUGCUUGUCUGUCAUCGUUGUUUACUGUGAAAGCGACCAAGUCCCUAUAAAUAGUAGCGCGGCAGUAGAGAGUUGUCUAUUGGAAACAAAUAUGACAAGAGAUGAAUUUGAAGAUAUGUUAACGUCGCCUAAUGCUCGCGAAUUAACAAUACUUAAGUCGCAUGCCCAUAAAUGUAUGUUUGGUUGUGUGAUGAGAAAAAACCACAUUGUUAACGACGGCGUUGUUUCUAAGGAAGUCUUGAGCAAAUAUGUAUUGAAUUUCUACGGAAGACCCGAUUACAAAAGACGUUUGAUUAUUAAAGAUGUGGAACACAUCGUCGAUGUUUGCGCUAAGAAAGUUGCAGAUGAGUCGGAGACUGAUGAGUGUGAGUUAGCCGCAACCUUAGUUACUUGCAUAGUGUUAGAAGCCAACAAGGCGGGUCUAGUCGAUGAUCCUGCACGUCAGAUUUAGAAAAUUCAUCAGAAAUAUAAUGUAAACCAUUUUCGUUGGUUGUAUGAUUAUUUAAUUGAUUAAACCUUAAUGUAUGUUUUAAAUACAUAUAUCUGUCACUUCAUAUUUAUAUAUUUUUAAUGAUUCCAUUUAUAAUUCUAUAUAUAACCGAGCUAUAUUUUGUUAUAUUAUAUAUUAUAUUUUGUUCAAAUAAAGUAGGUUAGAGAAUAAAGAGAUAUGUUUAAUUUAGUCAGAAACAAACGUUUAUUGUGUUAUAUUAUUAUUUCAAUUUUAUUUGUUGGAAUACAUUUACAUGACGGUAUUAAAUACCUUCUACGUUCCUAACAAUUAACAUCAUAAAUAUUAUAUUCUAAUCAUUAUUAUUAUUAUAUUAUGAAGAAUAAAACUGGACAUUUAAAUCUUUGUUAAAAUCGUUACUUAAAAUAUAUAUUACCUAUGUUAUCUAUGUUUUGACGAAUCAUAAUAAAUGAAUGCUCAUAAAU